UUGGGGUUGAAGGGCAUCCAUCCGUGGGGUCGCCUGGGAGCCAGCGCCAAGGCUCGGAACGGUCGCGCUUUCCUUUCCUACACAGUUCCGACAGCUCGACAGCUCAAAAUUUCACCAACGGCAGGAACCAACAACUGGCUUCGGACAGCAGCACCCACCAUGCACCACAAGGAAGGCGACUGGCAGACGAACCCAAAACAGGAGCAUCCUCUGUCGCCCUGAACCCACCUUUGCCCUUGUUCACGCGUCGUGCGCGCACCUAAGCACUGCACAUUCUAUACGGCUUCCACUAUCAGGACUUACCUUGAGCUCGCAAUGGCUGCCGACACCGCCCCAGCCGCCCCAGCCGUCGGGCAACUCGUCCCGCUGAGGACCAAGGACGAAGUGCGAGCCAGCUUGGAGACACACACCGCCUAUGUCGUGGAGAUCCCCGCCCGUUUCGCCAAUGCCGUGAAAGACGCGAUCCAAGAUGCCGCUCCCGACUUCAAAGCCGCCGAGAUAUCUCACCUUCGCCGCGUGGUCCAGUUCAAAUACCUUCCGGCACAUCUGCAAAAGCAGUUCUACCCGCCCGCGAGGCUCCAAAGAGGUAUCUGCAGCAACGGCGAUGACGAGCCCUCCCCCGCAUCUUUAUUUACCCCUCUUCCACCGUCGGACGAUGAGUCUUGUGCUAAAGCUGAGGACACAGUGCGCUUCUUUCUGCUUUGCCCGACCCGAUGUUUCAAGCCUGCCGACCUGGUCGCCAUACUUCGCAAGAAUCCCCCAUUCAGCGUCAUGAACAUACAAGCGAAGCUGUUGUAUGUGACCGUCCCGGCUUUGGCACCAACAUCGGCCGAACAAGCAACCCAGUGGAGCGAGCAGUACUGGCCCAUCGCGUACAAGAACACGAACCCCUAUGGACCCCACCCAAGCCUGGUCGCUCGCAAUACGGUUGAGAUUGAGCCCGAAUCCAGCAGCUGGCUCGCGCUUGCCUCCACUGCUGCUGCUGAGAUAUCGCAGCUUGGAAUCGGCGAGAAGGUUGGCUGCGUCGUCAUAGACCGCACGCGUGGAACGUCCGAGGUGAUCGCCGUGGCAGGCGACUGCCGUUGGCGGUCACCUCAUGGAGACGCUGAAGCUCAUACUGGUCCUGGAAAUGUCAUGGCCCACUGCGUCCAGCGUGCCAUUGCCAUGGUAGCCAAGAAGCGACUGCGAAUGGCUGGUACGAACCCUACUCUGCUGGACCGCUCCUUGUUCUGCGAUGUUCCUCUGACAGAGGCCGAAAAGGCGCCCUACGACAAAGACAAUAUCCCAGCCAGCGGCUACCUGUGUGUGGACUUGGACAUCUAUUUAACGCAUGAGCCCUGCGUCAUGUGCUCCAUGGCUAUUCUACACUCGCGAUUCAAGCGCUGCAUUUUCAGUAAGCGUAUGCCGCUGACAGGAGGAAUGACCGCCGAUACUGCUGGAAAUCCCCUCAAUCCCGGGAAAGGUCUGCAGCAUGGCAUCUUUUGGCGACCGAGCGAGCUCAACUGGAAGUUCCUGGCGUGGGAAUGCCCGGGAGCCGCCGACUCGGAUGCAAGCAUUGCGGACACUGUGCACGUUUAGGGACUGCUUUCGGGAUGGGGGACUGCCUUCAAUUGGAUACCAACAGCAUUGCGUAGGCGUUCAGCAUGUUACGAUGGUAUGAUUCAUGUACCUAAUCAGAGGACUCGGGUGCGAGGCGGAAUUUUCAACUGGUGCAGAAACAUGUCCUUGCGUCAUAAAGUACUUUAGUUUACGUUAGGACCAGCAGCAAUACUGAUGUUGACUUCAUAAACCUUCGCUGCAGCCUGG